UCAAAUGGAAAGCUAGUUAUGUUUAAUUCAUUUCAGGCGGGUUGUGAUCAGAAAGGGAAAAGAAAAUAAGUUGGGAAUACUGCUGGUUUAGCAGAAUAUCGUUAUUUAUUUAUUUUUAUUUCACUUUAGAAUUGUUUUAACAUAAUCAUUUUUCUAAUAAUUAAUCCCGUGAGUUUUUUUUUAUUUUUUAAACCGAACACCCUGGUGUUGUGUGUGGCUCAGCUGUUAGUUGUUUCUUUGUGCAGUGGCAUUAAAGUUGGGGUCAUUUUUUAAAAUAUAUUAUUUAUUUAACUUUUUUAUGCUGCGUGAUAGCCAUUUUUGUUAUUUGAUGUUUGCAUGAUCUCCACAAACAAGCAUGGCAAAGCCUACGAGGAACAAGAAACCUGUAGACUAUUCACAUUUUGGCGAUUUUGAAGAUGAAGAUGAAGAUUUUGCCUGUGUAAAAGCACCUCCUAAGAAAAAGCCAAGAGUGGCUCCCAAAGAACCAGAGCGACAGAAAAAGCUGAAGACCACGAACAAGCCCCCUGGUCAGGAGUGUGGUGGAUCUCUGGGGAAACCUUGUGAGGAAAGGUUACUUGUGGAUGACAGGCUUUAUCAAAGGGAUUUGGAGGCUGCUUUAGCUUUGUCAAUGCUGCAAACAACUGAAGAAAACUUUGCAGUCAGUCUACCAAAAGAGAGAGAUAAUGACGUUCAUGCUGACUCUGAAGUUGCAAAGAUGGAUGGGGCCCCGUUACUUUCAAACUGCAAUAUGAAUAUUAAUCUUUUAGGCCUGAGUAAGAUCACAGAUGAUAAUGACACCUCCGGUCGUAACAAACAAAGGCAAGCAGCCUCAAAGGCAGCAGUACAACAGAGAAAUUUGCUGCUGGAUAAUGAAGGUGAUGGUGACGGAGAUCAGGAUGAGGAUUAUGAGCCAGGUACUCUAGAUGUUGGUUCAGAGAGUGACCCUGAUUUCAGUGAUGAAGAGGAGCAUGUUGAAGAGAUCUUAGUUAAAAAGGGGGCGAAAGUGAAAGAAAAUAAGGAGGAGGCCAAAUCAAAAGCACACAGUUCAAAGAAAGAAAAGAAACCUCUUAAAUCCAGGCUCGGUGCGACAGAUCUUGGUUCAGAGAGCGACCCUGAUUUCACUGAUGAAGAGGAUGAGUUCACAGUUAAAAAGGGGGCGAAAGUGAAAGAAAACAAGAAGGAGGCCAAAUCAAAAGCACAAAGUUCAAAGAAAGAAAGGAAACCUCUUAAAUCCAGGCUGAGUGCGACAGGUACACCUGCAGCUGCAAGCCCAGCUCCCACCGCAUCUCAUCCCAUAUUGAUGAAGCCCUCGAACGCGACCCUCGCAGCCUCCAAACCUCUCCAGGUUCAGAGCCCAUCCGGUGCCAGGAAGCCCAAGUGGACCCCGCCAGCGCAAAUUGGAAGAAGCCCAAACGCCUCUGAAAAUCUGGCAGUAAAAUCUCCAAGCCAAGGCCUCCGACUUGGACUGUCCCGGUUUGCCAGAGUGAAGCCGUUGCACCCGGGUGCAGCCAGUGACUGAACUCCUUUUAGCCUGGGCCCUCCUUCAAGAACCCUUUUUUCUGGAGUGUGGUUUUUAGACCUCUAUGAACAAGUUGAUGAAUUAUAUAUAUAUAUAUAUAUAUAUAUAUAUAUAUAUAUAUAUAUAUGGGAGUUCACAAAAGACAUUUGUAUAUGGGCAGCAAUAUUUGUAAAAAUAUUUUUAUAAACUACUUUCAGAAUUUGGAAUUUGGUGGAGACACUUUUAAAACUAUGUUAAAGUGGGCUGUUUUGGUUGGUUGGUUGUUUUCCCUACCUUUUAACUGAGUGGCAGUAAGCACCAGCCUAUAUACAGACUGAGGUCCAGAUCAAACCCUGAAAACAUGUAUUUACUUUUAAAUAUUUAUACCCCACUACAGAAGGUGGAGGUUAUUUAUUGUUUUGUAAUAUUUUCUUUUUGGUGGGAUUUGAGACCUCUGUAACUAAUGAAAGUGCAAAAUGGGUAGGAUUUAUGGAUUUAUUUUGUUAGCUGUAAUUACUGCAAAUGAAGAGAAUAGUGCUAUGGUCUGAGGAUUCUAAUUGCAAACCUCAGCUCAGCAACUGUAUGCUUUGAAGUUGGGUCGUCCUUGGCAAAUUAGCCAUUCAGCUGUAAAAUGGGAGGCACACAAAAAAUGCACAAUUAAGAGAUGCACCUACAUAUAAUAAUUUCAGCUUAGACACACAUUUUUUUUAUAAAAAUUGAGCAGUCCUUUGGGUACUACUUGUUGUCAGAGAGCAGAUGUAAGUUGUUUCAGGCAUUUCUGGCUGACAAAUAAAAUACAUAUAAUAAUUUAUAUAACUGAUGUAAUUGAAGUUCGCACAAUUUUCAUCCCUAAUGUGCUUAACCCCUAGAUUUUGUGACAGGCCCCUCUAUACUAAAUUGUGUCCGUCUGACCCCUAAAGAAAUAUGAUGAAUUUGAGCCCUGAUCACAUUGCAGCACAGUCGAAUACUGGCUUGUGCUCUUCCUGAUCAUAAUGAGCAGGGUUUGCUGAAUUAGCAUGCAGAAUGGGGCCAGGCAGAAUAGGAUACCCGGUGAUUUUAUUUUGAAGCACAGGCAAACUUUCUGAAAGGAAUAAUACAAUUUAAAUGGUUUAGUAUGCUCAAGAGGCAACUCGUUGCAGGUAGGAGCAGUUAAUUUAUUGUACAGGAGUUUUUUUUAUGGUUUUAAACUAUUAAUCUUUCAUUUUAAGAACUUUGUCUUUGCACUUUCUUCAAAACAGGGCUCUGUAUUUUAGCCUGAUGCUACCUAUUCUUCUACAUUUUCACUGAGUACCUUUUUAUUUUUUUCUAUGUAAGUCUUAUGUUUGUAUCGAAUUUAUAUAGAUUACUUUUAAUCUUUCAAAAAUGGAUGUAUAUUUUUUGUAAAAAAAGUUUCAAAAAGAGAAAUAGUAAUAAAGUAUUUUUUUUUA